AGAAAUAGAGAGCUAGAGAGAGAACUUUCUGAAACGCAAAUUCAAAAAUAAACGUUCGCCGAACUAACUAACUGUUCAUGUCGCAAAGUUAACAAAAACACAUAAUUAUUUAAUUCAGUUUUCUAUAAAAGACCAUCGUUGAAAAUCCCACGCACAUGUACCGUUAGAUACCGGAAUAUCGAAAAAUCGAAGUGCGUUAAAUGUCAAGGACAACGGAAAAGCCACAACAAAAUAAAAGGAACAACACAAAGAAAGCUAGAGGGAGAAAGCAACAACUAGGAAAGUUGUGAAAGGAAUAUAAGGAAACUACUUCAAGAAAAAGCGUAAACAUGUCGAAUCCGGUGCACGGAAGACCGCCAAAUAGCUCAGGCUCCUCAUCUGGCUCUGCCUCCUCGCCAAUUUCGGUGACCGUACAGCCUGUAAACACUGGAAACAGUUCCUCAUCCUCGUCCUCCUCCUCAUUGGGCGGCGGAAUCCUCAAGGACAAGAUGGGACUACCACCAGUCUACCUCAACCUCAAUGAUAAUGCCAAGGAUCAGACUCAAUCCUCCUGUUCACCUCUGCAAAACUGGGACGAUACUCGCACCGCCGACGUUUGGCUGUCCUCGCUGCACAGCGUCAUAUUCAUCAUCACCUGUGCCCUGGCCGCGUUCAUUCUGUUCCGCAAUGUUCUAACUUGGCACUUGCAGAGCUUUUGGGGCGCCUCCGGGGACUUCUGGCAGUCACAGUGGGACAAAUUCAUCGACUCGUUCGGUGACGAGCCCAUGGUGCUGUGGGUCUUUGGAACCACCAUUUUUACGAUGAUCGUCUACUGGAGCGUGGGCACACUGUACACAUUCAUGGACCUGACCAACCGACCAGCCUGUCUGCGCAAGUACAAGAUUCAACCCGGGACCAAUGAGCCCGUUGAAGCGCGUCGUCUGUUAAAGGUGAUAUGGUGCGUGGUAUGCAACCAAAUAUUCGUGGGAAUACCGUUGGCCUAUGCCAGCUACCGUCUGAUGGAGAUUCGUGGACUAAGCGACAUUCGCGAUUUGCCGACCUUUCAUUGGGUCUGUUUCGAGUUGACCGUGUGCAUCCUGAUGGAGGAACUGGGCUUUUAUUACUCACACCGCCUGCUGCACCACAAGCACAUCUAUAAGUACAUCCACAAGCAGCAUCACGAAUGGACGGCCCCAAUCUCGGUGACGGCCAUCUAUUGCCAUCCGAUUGAGCACAUCUUCAGCAACCUGUUGCCUCCCUUCUUGGGCGUCUUUCUCAUGGGCAGUCAUGUGGCCACGGCGUGGCUAUGGUUCGCCUUAGCUAUCCUUUCAACGCUUAACGCACACUCAGGCUACCAUCUGCCAUUCUUUCCCAGUCCCGAGGCCCACGAUUUUCACCAUCUUAAAUUCAACAAUUGUUUCGGUGUUCUCGGCGUGCUGGAUCGCCUUCAUGGCACCGAUUCCCUAUUUCGGGCCACCAAGUCGUAUGCGCGACACAUCAUGAUGCUGAGCUUUAAGCCGCCGCGCGAUGCUUUCCCCGAUCCGACGAUGAAGUGAGCAGACGGAGUUCUCUUGUGCAUGGCAGCAAGCAUUUCUCAAUCUGUGUAUACAAAUUUUAAUUGUGAUAUGACAAGGCAGAUCCUAUUUUGUACACCUCAUAUGUAGUCGUUGUUGUGCAGACCCCUAGAAUCCAGCACACACGAGCACCGCUCCCAGAGCGAAUCCCCCACACAAAUGUUAAUCGAGUCGAAUAAAACUUAAAUGUAAAUGUAA